CCCCUGCAUCUUCCAAGCGGAUCUCACAUUACUUCCGAGUCCCCUUUAAACGCCUAUUGUCUUGGGUCCACCCAUCCGUGGGGGUGGUUUUCUCCUGCCAAACUUUGCAAACUUUUUUUGUCAGGCUUGUCACCAGUUGUCGGCGCGGAUGGACAACCGGGGAGCACGAAGGCGUGCGAAGCCAUGAAACCUUCGUCGUCGUCCACGACGCGUGUUGUCACGCCGCGGCCUCGGCGCAGAUGAUCUGAAGUGUGUCAGUCACCACUUUAAGUCCUCCAUGUUCCUCAAGUCCUGCGAGCUGCAGACAUGGACUGCGGGCUUCACCUCCACUUCUUCCUCCUCCUCGCGGGGCUUCUUCUCCUGGCCGCGCUGCACGACUGCAGAAGGCUGGGGUCGCCACGACAUUCAGAGAGAUUCCAUCAGGAGCUUCCUCCGUAUGAAGUGGUUCAUCCCACCAGAGUGGAUGUCAAGGGUCACUUCCUGUCCAACUUCCUGUCUCAUCGUUCUCGCCGCGUGCAGCGCCGCGAUGCCUCAGAGGAGUCGCUGGACCAGGAGAGAGUCUUCUACCAGUUCUGGCACGGGGGCCGCAGUUUGCACUUUCACCUCAAUCUCAACCCAAACCUGCUGGCCUCGGGCUUUCUGACCGAGAGGAGAUAUGGCGGUCUCAAAGGGGCAAAGAUCGGGCCCCCUGGGGUCUCCUUGUGUCAUUUCCUGGGUGAGGUGUGGGAUGAGGCUGCCGUCAAGGGAAGCGCAGCAAUAAGUACCUGCGAUGGACUGACAGGACUGUUCAAGUUGUCAGAUGAGGAGUUCUUUAUCCAGCCUUUGGAAAAGUUACAUGAUGAGCCCUCAGCACCACAGGCCCAUGCCAUCUACAAACGCCACACGCCAUCCCUACCUCAGAGUCCGGUUGCCGAGUCCAUCUCAGGGAUACAAUCCGUCAACGCUUCCUGUGGAGUCCAAAAUUCCCACCACAGUCUGGAUAAGGCUGAGAGACAGCGGGAAUCCUGGGAGCAGAACCAGCAGAGGAGGCGGCGGCGGCGGAUCCAUCGACGCUCUGUCAGCAAAGAGAAGUGGGUGGAAACCCUGGUCGUAGCUGACCCUAAAAUGGUGGAAUACCACGGCAGCAAAAGUGUUGAAAGCUACGUUCUUGCCGUUAUGAACAUCGUAGCAGGUCUUUUCCAAGAUGCCAGUAUUGGAAACGCGAUCAACAUCGUUGUAGUUCGACUCAUACUACUGGAGCAGGAUGAGGAUGACUUAAAGAUUUCACACCACGCCGACAAUAGCUUGAGCAGCUUUUGCAAGUGGCAGAAAAAGCUGAACUUGAAGGGAGACGAUCAUUAUCUGCACCACGACGUCGCCGUUCUCCUCACCAGGAAGGACAUCUGUGCAUCCAUCAAUAUGCCUUGCGAAACCCUGGGGUUGUCCCAUGUGGCAGGGAUGUGUCAAUCACAUCGCAGUUGCAGUAUCAGUGAAGACACCGGCCUCCCACUGGCUUUCACUGUGGCACAUGAGCUGGGUCACAAUUUUGGGAUUCAGCAUGAUGGCAAUGGUAAUGACUGUGAACCCAUCGGGAAAAGACCUUUCAUCAUGUCGCCGCAGCUGCUCUACGGCACCUCUCUGCCCAGGUGGUCCCGCUGCAGUCGCCAGUAUAUCACACGCUUCCUAGAUCGUGGCUGGGGUUGGUGCCUUGAUGACGCCCCUGUGAAGGAUACAAUUUCUCAAGGUUUUCUGCUUCCUGGCGCUCUGUACAGUGCCGCUCAUCAAUGCCGGCUUCAGUAUGGCUCUGGAUCCAUGCUCUGCGAUGACAUGGAUAAUGUGUGCAGCACGCUGUGGUGCACUGUGGGAAACACGUGCCACUCCAAGCUGGACGGGGCUGUGGAUGGGACCAGAUGUGGCGAGGAUAAGUGGUGUUUCAGCGGGGAGUGUGUCGCAGCUGGACAUCACCCGGACAGUGUCAAUGGGGGCUGGGGCUCCUGGACUGAGUGGACAGCCUGUUCAAGGUCUUGUGGAGCAGGAAUUGUGAGAGCUCAGCGGGAAUGUGAUGACCCGAUUCCAAAGAACAGGGGGAAGUACUGCCUGGGAGAAAGACAGAGGUAUCGGAUCUGCAACACGUCACCGUGUCAGAACAAUGCACCCUCUUUUCGAGAUAUCCAGUGCAGUCACUUCAACAGCGCACCGUACAAGGGCACAUUCUACAACUGGGUGGCAGUCGUCAGCAAAGUCAGUCCCUGCGAGCUCCACUGCCGUCCAUUAAAUGAACAUUUCUCUGAAAAAAUGCGUGAUGCUGUCAUUGAUGGGACGCCAUGCCUCGAGGGCAACAAAAGCCGAAAUAUGUGCGUCAAUGGCAUCUGUAAGAAUGUCGGAUGUGACUACAUCAUUGAGUCCAGUGCUGUGGAGGAUCGCUGCGGGAUUUGUCAGGGUAAUGGUUCAACCUGUACAACCAUAAGAAAAACGUUUGAGGAGAGUCAAGGACUGGGCUACGUUGACAUUGGACUAAUCCCAGAGGGAUCUUGGGACAUCAGGAUUGAGGAGAUGGCAGAAGCUGGAAAUUUCCUGGCUCUCCGUAGUGACAAUCCCAACAAGUACUAUCUGAACGGUGGCUGGACUAUUCAGUGGAAUGGAGAGUACAAGGCUGCGGGGACCGUAUUCACCUAUGAACGGACAGGACAUCUGGAGAACCUGACUUCACCUGGACCCACCAUGGAGCCACUGUGGAUUCAGCUCCUUUUUCAGGAGACCAAUCCAGGUGUGCGGUACGAGUACACAGUCAGUCGAAAUGUUUCUGAAGACGACAUCUUUGCGUCAGUUUUCUUCUGGAAGUUUGGUUCGUGGACGGAAUGUAGCGUCACCUGUGGAGCAGGUGUUCAGAGACAGAUUGUUCACUGUGUGGAGAGGACCAACGGGAUCGUGGAAGAGUCAUUGUGCGACCCUUUAACCCGACCUGAUGAUAACCAAACUACGUGCAACAAGGAGCUUUGUCCCGCCAUAUGGUGGGUGGGGGAGUGGCACGCAUGCUCAGCAAGCUGUGGGAGCGCUGGCAUGGCUAAAAGGACAGUGCUGUGCAUACAAGCCAUCAGCCUGGAGGAACAGAAAGCCCUACAGCCCGGCGAUUGUGAACAUAUCCCAAAACCCGAGUCAGUAUCAUCCUGCAGCACACACAUCCCAUGCCCGGCAGAUUGGACCACUGGCAGUUGGUCAAAGUGCUCACAAACCUGUGGAAGUGGAGUCCGUCGCCGUAAUGUCACCUGCUCCAGGAACACCGGUGUGGACUGUGACCUGCUCAAGAAACCCAUCUCUCUCAGUACUUGUAACAUCCAAGACUGUCCGCUGGUUGUGGAUAAUUUCGGAGAUAUUGACUGGUCGGGAAGUGGGUGGACAAGCAGAGAAGUGUUCAACGAAAUCCACUCCGUACCUAAACCCCCUGCUAAGCAUGGCCCGUCCAAAGUCCAAUCAAAAAACCCAAAUGACUCGAAUAACCUUUUUGAAGACUUCCAUUACCACAAUAGGAUAGACAGCAAAGAGGAUUCUCUUGAAAAAAGCCUAAAAGUGGAUGACUUUUACUACGACUACAACUUCAUCAACUUUCACGAAGAUCUAUCGGAUGAGAGUGAUGGAACGGUUUCAAAGGACGGUCAGGAAAUGGGUUUUCAACAAGAGGACGAGCCACCCCACAGUGGUAAGGACAGCAGUCCUUUGAUACCUGCAGAGCCACUAAUCAUUGAUCUCAACAACGUGGAGAACAGUGGAAACACUGGAACAAAAGAACCCACUCAAAUACAUUCGGAAAGGUUUGAUGAUUACCUCUUUGAAGAUUAUCUUCUGCCUGUGUCCACAACUCAGUCCCCGCCGUCGUCAACAGAGCAUUCAUCCAUACUUGAAGGGAAAUACCACAAUCUCCAGGGCUUCGAAAAUUUUAGCACUGGAACCCCUCAGGAAGCGACGAGCAGGCAGCCUGCAAAGAGGGAGAAUAUUGGGCAUGACAGGGAAGAGGCUGAAAAUAACCGGGAUUCCAAUGGGGAAGAAAAUCCGACAGAAAAAAUCACUGCGACUCCAACUCAUGCUGUUUCAACCUUUGGACUUCAUGCUGAGAACAGUCACACCGUUACCCAGACAUUGAGCACCCGAGAGGAGGAUGACUUACGAUUGCAGAAAACUUACACCACUACACCAUAUUAUGCUCCGAGUUUUAUGAGUCCCUCCAUGCCAGGGACUGAAAUAAAAAUGACCAAGCAUGGAGUCCAAAGGGAAGAAAAUAGAUUACAAUUACCUAAUAUAGAAAUUACUAACAAAUCAACAGUAUUUCCACCGGCCCUUAUACUGGAAGCGUUGGAUCCCUCUACUCCCAAUACAGAUGUGAUUGCUAUUAAAGAUGAUAGUUCAGGACUGUCUCGCCAUGGCCUCAAUACAACCUCAUUGCUUACCCCUGAGAGUUCAACUCCUUCCCUUCUUUCCCCAGACCUACCAAUGCCAAGUGAUCAAAACGUCCCCGAUGAUACAAUAUUGUCUACUGGAAGAGAAUUUAUACGUCCUACUAUCCAAGAAGAAUACUCUCAGCCUUCGCCGAAUUAUUUUGAUCAAACUACAGCGGAACCGGCGCAAUCCAGUCCUGUACUUGCAGACCCAUUCUUUAUUUUAGAUGACUAUGACUACAACCAAGUAACAAUCCCCCCAGUGGUGAAGUCCGAUGUUGGGACGGGUCCCUCCACUUCACCCGGUCCUCAACCCAUGACCACGCAAGCCGCAUGUGUUUCGCCAAGCCAGAAUCGACAUUUUUGGCCGCUUCCUUUGACAACGCCAAGCCCGGCACAAGUCACAGCCUACUGGGUCACUGGCAACUGGAGCUCGUGCUCCACAAGCUGUGGUCUGGGUGCCAUCUGGAGGACUUUGGCCUGUAGUACUGGAUCCGAGUCCAAUUGUGACCCAGCCAAGAGGCCCACACCUGCCCAACGCUGUUACCUACGACCCUGCUCAAUGUGGAAAAUUGGGGAAUGGACUAAGUGCACCAGGACUUGUGGCGUUGGCGUUAAAUCGCGGGAGGUCCAGUGUUUCGACAUGCGGGAUCAACGGCCUCUGCGACCAUUCCACUGUCAAGCCAUGUCCUCCAGGCCACAAAGCCAAGUUCCCUGUAACCUUCAGCCAUGUGUAGACUGGUACACCUCCUCCUGGGGGCAGUGUUCAGAGGUUUGCGGAGGAGGCGGGCAACAUCGUAUUGUCACCUGCCCGGUGAAGGACCACUGCGACAUAGCUCUUCAGCCCAGCAACACCCGGCGCUGUAAUACUCAACCUUGUGCUCAGUGGCUCAAAGGACCUUGGGAACAGUGUUCAGCUUCAUGUGGCAGUGGAGUACAGCAUCGACCUGUCAAGUGUGUCGACACAAAGACGGAGACGGAAGAAGAAGUCGAUCAAGCGCAGUGUGACCACGAGCCGCAUCCGGAGACCAUGCAGAAGUGUAACUUAAAGGAGUGCCUGAGCGCCCCCUCUGGAGCGUCUUGUCUUCGUGAUCGUCUAACAUCUCGCUUCUGUCAAACUCUGCACUGGUUGGGCCACUGCCAGCUGCCUAACGUGCGAGCGCAGUGCUGCAAAACCUGCAAGCAGCCUCCAGCAUCAGGGCCCGGGAACACGGCUCACCAGUGAACCGAGACCAAGGUAACGUUUCCCCCCCCCGAGAUGGUAUUUGGAUCAUUACCUCUUCAACCAGCUCGCUGAUGGCGGCACAAAGUGGGGAAAAAAAAGACGAACGAGACCAUUCCCAAAUGUUUACGGACUUCAUCAGCUCAACAGACUCUACUUAAAUCCUCUCUUCAGUAAUAGCAGGAAUGUAAAUAAUUAUUUGCACUUUGUAAAUAAGACCGCAAUGGUGUUCUAGAUUUGAGUGUCACUGACAAAAGGCUACAAAAUAUCAACGGUUUCCCAUCAAUUGAGCCUGCAAACUCCAUUAUAUAUUUACACAAGUAGACAAAGCACAUUUAUGGUCAUUCAUAGGUACAAUAGUCUCUUGAAUAUAUACACUAUAUGAGUUAUAUCACUAAGUAGGCACAUAACACCAUUGCCUGUUAUUACCUCAUUGGUAUAACAGGUGGUUUGUUUCUAUGUGCCCUCCCACGAUUAAAGGGGAACAUUAUCACAAUUUUAGAAGGUUUAAAAUCAAUAAAAAUCCGUUUCAGUAGCUUAUUUUAUUUUUCAAAGUUUUUUUCAAAAUUGUACCCAUCAUGGAAUAUCCCGAAAAAAGGCUAUAAAGUGCCUGAUUUUCGCAAUCUGUAAAUCCACCCGUCCAUUUUCCUGUGACGUCACAUAAUGAUGCCAAUACAAACAAACAUGGCGGAUAGCACAGCAAGCUAUAGCGACAUUAGCUCGUAUUCGGACUCGGAUUUCAGCGGCUUAAGCGAUUCAAGAGAUUACGCAUGUAUUGAAACGGAUUGUUGGAGUGUGGAGGCAGAUAGCGAAAACGAAAUUGAAGAAGAAACUGAAGCUAUUCGGCGAUCGCCUUCUAACCAACGUUUGCAUAUUUUGACCAGACCUCUGGAGCAACUUAAAUCCGUCGAUUGGUAAGCGUUUGUUUGGCAUUAAAUGUGGGUGGAGGGAAAGGCUGGAUGCAAAUAUAGCUACAAAUGUACAUACAGCUAGCCUAAAUAGCAUGUUAGCAUCGAUUAGCUGGCAGUCAUGCCGCGACCAAAUAUGUCUGAUUAGCACAUAAGUCAAUAACAUCAACAAAACUCACCUUUGUGAUUUCGUUGAUUUUAUCGUUGGAAAUGCAUCUGGGCGGCAUAGCUCGGUUGGUAGAGUGGCCGUGCCAGCAACUUGAGGGUUGCAGGUUCGAUUCCCGCCUCCACCAUCCUAGUCACUGCCGUUGUGUCCUUGGGCAAGACACUUUACCCACCUGCUCCCAGUGCCACCCACACUGGUUUAAAUGUAACUUAGAUAUUGGGUUUCACUAUGUAAAGCGUUUUGAGUCACUUGAGAAAAGCGCUAUAUAAAUAUAAUUCACUUCACUUCACUUCACAGCUUUGAGUGUCGCAGGAUAUCCACACAUCUCUGUGCCAUGUCUGUCGUAGCAUCGCCGGUAAAAUGUGCAGACCAAACGGGGGACUUUCGCAAUUUUUCACACUAGUGCAACUGAAAUCUGUCGAUUGGUAAGUGUUUGUUUGGGAUUAAAUGUGGGUGGAGGGAAAGCUGGAUGCAAAUAUAGCUACAAAUGUACAUACAGCUAGCCUAAAUAGCAUGUUAGCAUCGAUUAGCUGGCAGUCAUGCCGCGACCAAAUAUGUCUGAUUAGCACAUAAGUCAAUAACAUCAACAAAACUCACCUUCGUGAUUUUGUUGAUUUUAUCGUUGGAAAUGCAUCUGGGCGGCAUAGCUCGGUUGGUAGAGUGGCCGUGCCAGCAACUUGAGGGUUGCAGGUUCGAUUCCCGCCUCCACCAUCCUAGUCACUGCCGUUGUGUCCUUGGGCAAGACACUUUACCCACCUGCUCCCAGUGCCACCCACACUGGUUUAAAUGUAACUUAGAUAUUGGGUUUCACUAUGUAAAGCGCUUUGAGUCACUUGAGAAAAGCGCUAUAUAAAUAUAAUUCACUUCACUUCACUGCUUUGAGUGUCGCAGGAUAUCCACACAUCUCUGUGCCAUGUCUGUCGUAGCAUCGCCGGUAAAAUGUGCAGACCAAACGAGGGACUUUCGCAUCUUUUGUCACUGGUGCAACUUAAAUCCGUCGAUUGGUAAGUGUUUGUUUGGCAUUAAAUGUGGGAGGAGGGAAAGGCUGGAAUCAAAUAUAGCUACAAAUGUACAUACAGCUAGCCUAAAUAGCAUGUUAGCAUCGAUUAGCUGGCAGUCAUGCCGCGACCAAAUAUGUCUGAUUAGCACACAAGUCAAUAAAAUCUACAAAACUCA